AUGUAUACGAUCGCUCUGCUUACCGCUGUCGCGGCUUUCUUCGAGGCUGCUUCCGCGCACGGAUUCGUUACAAGCGUUACUGAUAAUGGUGUCGUGACCAAGGGUUCUGAUCCUGUCUGGUGGUACUAUGUCCAGAAUGGCCAGGCACGCCCCGUUACCGCUGGUUGGGAUGCUCUCAACCAGGAUAACGGUUUCGUUUCGCCAGAUGCCUUCACCACCGCCGACAUCAACUGCCAUAAGAGCGCUCUAGCGGGUCAGGCUUACGUCAAUGUCAACGCAGGGGACACCAUCAACUUUGUCUGGAACACCUGGCCCGACAGCCACAAGGGUCCAAUCAUCAACUACAUCGCCCCAUGCAACGGCGAAUGCACUUCUCUCAGUCCCUCAUCCCUUAAGUGGUCCAAGAUAUCCCAGGCUGGCCUUAUCACGCCCGGCGGCUCCGGUACCUGGGCUACGGACAACCUCAUCAAGAAUAGCUUCACCGCGUCGACAGUUGUACCCAAGAACCUCAAGGCUGGUAACUACGUCAUUCGCCACGAAAUCAUUGCGCUCCAUGGUGCGAGUAGCGACAAUGGCGCCCAGAUCUACCCGCAGUGCCUGAACCUUAAGGUCUCGGGAAGCGGUAGUGUUGCGCCUACCAGUGGUGUGGCUGGAACUUCACUGUACAAGAGGACCGACCCGGGAAUCUUGUUCAACUUGUACACCAGCCCCACUUCGUACACGAUUCCAGGCCCGGCGUUGUGGACUGCUGCAAACUAGAGGAAUUUUGGCUCCUUAGAUAGAUGGUCAACGACUAGGAUACUGAUCAAAGAGCGGGUCCUGUUGGAAGGCUACUUGGAGAGUGAUGAUCAUACCAUCUAGCUAGAUAAGAGACAAAUAAAUCCACAUGGAACGAUUACAUCCG